AUGCGGAAACAGAGGCUCAUUCCUUUGUCUGCAGCUUCGACUUUCUCUGCAAGAUUGUGCGAUGCUCACAAUCCGCUUGUCCAAGUUGAAUCCUACUCAAAAGCGCAGAGUGACGGUGGCCUUCGGCAUGUAACUUGGGCCGACAGGACAAGCAACGUCAUUGACAAGGCCUUGAAGUGCCACCAUGGAGACGAAACGUCUCUUCUUAAUGGAUGUGGACGACCUUUUGAAAGUGUGGGAAGAGGGCCGCUCAACAAGGAGUUUCUUCAGACGCUGUACACCACAGCGCUUGAAGUCCUCGGAAGGUUUAGCAACAGCUUGUACCUGAAAGUGGGGGCUCUAUACCUGAUAUACGUGCUGUUUGAGACCCAGCCGGGUUCCCAUAAGCAGAGGGUCAGGAUCUACAUGUCCCCAGAGGACUUGACGGCGUUUCGUGUCCUGGUGACCGAGGCCUGUCAGCAAAACCUGGCGGAUGCGGCUAUGAUCGCAAGCCACUUGGUGCAGUCUGGCGCCCUGCUGUUGGGAGCGGUGCAUAACCGGCUGACAGGGGACGCUUUGCGAGACCCCGCGGCCAUGAUACAGAGGCUUAAAGAAAGGCUGCUUCCAAACGCAAUGCUGGAGGAUCAUUUCGCGAGCUCAGUGGGUGACUCGCUGCCGCUGAGUCAAGUGGAUCAGGACGCCAGGAACUACAACGAGGCUCGAAAACGGCUGGUCGCGGCCAAACAUGGUCCCCUGGCUGAAACGGAAGAUCCUCCUUACCUCUCUAUGGCCGAGGACUUGCUUCGCACCAGCGCCGCACUCGACCGCACCGUCCGCGCAACCCUCGCUACGCCCGCGCGCCCCACAGCCCGGCGGAGCGCCACGCCGGCCGCUGACAACAGCGCCAGGGUAGAAACCCCGGCUGACGUUAGCACGAAUCUGGAUCACGUCAGCGCCAGGCUCGACGAAGUGGGCCGCCGCACGGACCCGCGUGCUGACGUCAGCGGUGGAGACGGCCCCGAGACGGAGGCUGUCGCGCCAUUGCCGGGAUUCAUUACGGACCUGUCGCUGCCGAUGCAGAGCAUGCCGAGCAUCCCCGGAAUGCCUGGGCUCACAAGCGCUAUGACGGAACCGAUGGAGGUGGAGCGACUUGAGUCGCCGUCGAGGGUCGAGGAUGAGGAUCUCGACGAGGACGAGCUACGGCGUGAGAUGGACGCUCUCGAGGCCGUUGAUGAGGAGGAGCACCCGGAUCCGACGGCCAGCAACGCCCCGGGACCCAAUAGACGGUCAUCCGAGCAAGAUGCUUGGAGAUCAAUACCUGGUCGGCAACACCAAGACAUUGACGGUCGAAUAGAGCCUGCGGAAAAGCAGAUGAACGGCCGUGUUCUUGGCAACCACGCAAGUAACGGUCGGGAGGACGAAAGUAGAGCGGUACUUACAGGGGAGAGGAUGGAAGAGGAAGAUGGGAACGGGGUGCUGGACCGGCGAAGGACUGGGUUCAGUGAGGAGGAGUUUAACAGUGACGAGGACGUUGACUUUCGAAGGCCCUUGCCCAGAGCUCACUCUCCGUUACGAUAAGACCGGUUGUCUUCUUAUGUUCGCAGGCAGUUGGAUAAUGUACAUGACUGAUCUCCUCAGCCGACGAAUUGUUGGCUCGUCAUGAAACACCCCCCGCCCCGAGUUCCGCAUGGAAUGCGAG